AUGAAGGAGAGGUGUCGCCGCGAUCGCAUCAGGAGAGGCCUGGAGCUGCUACAUCGAGCAUUACCCCCAUAUCUCGCAAGAGCACAACUGGAUACAGCCACAAUGGUGGAGUCUGCAUUCACUCACAUAAAAAAACUGCAGGCCCGAAUUGAAGCCCUGGAGAACUCAGGAAAUGCUGUUGGAGUUAGUGGAGCCGUCAAGACAUCGAGAUCUGCAGUGGAGGAGAGAGCAUGCGGCUCGGCUGUAGGUGCAGGCGCAACCAGGGUGACUUCUGAGUCCAUUCAACUGUCAUUGGAGAAACCAACCCUGCUGUGA